CUAACGAUAGCGUUCGUAAAAUGAUAGGUUGUGCGAUGGAGAUUGUCUGUGAUUGGUGAUUUAGAUCUACCAAUCAGACUCGUGCCUUGAAAUUGUUGUUUUCUGAACACAGCUGAUUUUAGUACCAUCCGUUCUCGUUAGUAAAUUUCGCGUUUCGAUUUGUUGAGAUUGGUUAAGCUGAUUGCGUAAUCGUAAAAUGAAUUGUAAACAUGGCUGCUUCCUUGAUCAGGACGUGUUCGGAGUUCAGUUUCCUGAGACAACAACUUUGCGAAAUUGUCAGAAGUGAUAAUGCAAGGAAAUACAUCUUGCCCACUUUGUUUCUCACAUGCACACAAUGUCAGCAUUAUCAUACGACACCGCAAUAUUUCAAGAAGAAAGAGAAACUAAAGGAUCAAAAUAGUUUCAAGCAGUUGAAACCAAAAAAGAAAUUGCCAAUUGUGGAUGUAUGGAACAGAAUGACAGUAUCAGAGCUGGCAAUAUCUGCUAAUAGGGACAUAGAUGAUAUUUUUGAAGCAAUUUUUAUGUCCGAUCCAGUUAGAAGUUACAAUGAAAAUACAGCUAUAGAAGAUAAGAAUGUACUGUACAGCGUUGUACGGAAACUUGGAGCAAAAUUUAGGAUCAUUUCUAAGCCGGAUAACAAAGCAGAAAAAGACACAAAGGAUUAUGAUGCCGUUAAACGGCCUGCACCAGAUAAAUCUGUGCUGCUAAAACGUCAUCCAGUAGUAACAAUUAUGGGUCAUGUUGAUCAUGGCAAAACUACAUUGCUAGAUACGUUACAUAACACAUCUAUUGUGGAAACAGAAUUUGGUGGUAUUACUCAACAUAUUGGAGCCUUCAAUGUAACGUUGAAAACGGGAGAAAGUGUUACAUUUUUGGAUACUCCUGGACACGCUGCAUUUAAUCUUAUGCGAAUGAGAGGCGCACAGGUAACCGACAUCGUGGUACUAGUUGUGGCAGCCGAUGAUGGUGUGAUGGAACAAACCAUAGAGAGUAUACAAAUGGCGAAGGCCGCUAAUGUUCCAAUUAUUGUGGCUAUCAACAAAAUCGAUAAGCCCGAGGCCGAUAUUGUGAGAACACAAAAUAUGCUUGCGCAACAAGGAAUUCUAGUAGAGGCCUUAGGUGGGGACAUUCAAAGCAUUAAUAUUUCGGCGUUAAAGGGAACAAACAUAGAUACUCUGACAGAGGCUAUAGCGUUACAAGCCGAGAUCAUGGAAUUAAAGGGUGAUCCGACAGGACUAGUUGAAGCUGUCAUAAUCGAAUGUUCUACCGAUCUUUAUCGCGGCAAAUUAGCGACAGCUUUAAUUCAACGCGGCACUCUAAGGAAGGGCGCGUUUCUUGUAAGUGGAUUAGCAUGGGCUAAGGUGAGAUCCAUGUUCGAUCAUUCCGGAAAUCCAAUUACGGAAGCUAAGUUGUCCGAGGCGGUGCAAAUUAUUGGCUGGAAAGUUUUACCCGUUGCUGGAGAUGAGGUAUUAGAAGUCGACAACGAGAAGAGAGUAAAUAUGGUAAUACGAUAUAGGGAAGCACAAAAAGCUGCGCAACUGGCGGAGGAGCAUAAGAUUGCAGCGGACAAGAAGCACGAAGAACAUCUAAAAGAAUAUUUGGUACUUCGUGAAAAAAGAAGAGCGAUCGGAAGAUAUUCAAAGUUAUCAAGUCCUAUUAAAGUAGAGAAACCCGAUGACAGAAUACCUAUAGUCAAUGUUAUCGUAAAGGGCGAUGUCGCUGGCUCCGUAGAAGCUAUAUUAGACGUUUUUAGUACGUACGGAAGCGACGACAAGUGUCGAUUAAGCGUUGUUCAUUACGGCGUCGGACCUGUUACAGAGACAGAUUUACAAGUAGCAGACGCGUUCGGUGCUAUCAUAUACCCUUUUAAUGUGGGCAUUAUGAAAGACUUGAAAGAAGAAAUUGAGAAAAAAAAGAUAUCGAUUCGUCCAUACAAUGUGAUAUAUAAACUUAUUGACGAUAUUAAGAAGGAAAUAAAUACUAAACUACCACCGCUCGACAUCGAAGAAGUGAUAGGCGAAGCGAAUGUAUUACAAGAGUUUGAGGUCACAGAGAAGAAGAAAAAAGUGAAGGUCGCGGGCUGUCGAUGUGUCAAAGGCAACUUGAAAAAAGAUGCUAUGUAUCGAUUAAUACGUGAACAGGAGGUUCUUUAUACCGGGAAAUUGGUAUCAAUGAGACAUUUGAAAACUGAAACAGAAAGUGUCAAGACUAAUGUAGAAUGCGGUUUGAGAUUCGAAGAUUCCACAUUGUCUUUUAAAACUGGAGACGUUCUAGUUUGUUAUCAGAUAGGCCAGGAACCGCAAGAGACUGAUUGGGAUCCUGGAUUUUAAGCAAUUCUAAAAAUCAUAAAGCUAAAUCAGAUAAAACGUGAUCACAAACUCCCGCAUUUAUCGCCUUGCUUAUUCAUUAUGAGGAUGAUGGAGAUAUUUUUUAAAUUAAGUACAAAUUUUUAUUUAUUAUUGCCUGAGAGAAUCGCAAUCUUUCUUUCACAUUGUUUUUACAUCUUUUGAACGUACAGUCUAUAUCGUAAUUUCGCUUCGUGGGAGAAAUAUAUCAAAUUCUUGAAUACAUAUUGUGAAAUUAAGACGAAUAUAUAUGUGUAUACACACACACAUAUAUAAAGCGCUAUACCGUUAAAAUUCGUCAGGACUAAAAGUACGAAUCUUGUCUAUACUUACGUUAAGUGGAAUGAACAUUAUGCGCGUUUUUUAAACAUUUUUUUUCUUUCAUCAUAUGUAUCAAAUGAUAUGCAGGAAGACACAUAAUUGGUCAAAUUUUAAAAAAACGUAACCUGCAAGCUUAAUCUUAAUUUCACUGUUCGUUAAAUCAAAUCUUUUCUGAAUCUCCGCGAAGUUUUAACUUUGUUCCAGCGAUCCUGCAAAAAUUUACUUCGAUUGUGGAUCGGCAAUAUAGAUCAUCUCAAUAGGAUAAACGAGAAAUCGCGUGGAGUCUAUUAAGACGCGUAAGUUUCGCGAAAUCGUCGUUGAAGAUGCUGAUACGCCGUGAGAACGCUGCGCUUCUUCUUUUGGAGACGACAAGGAAUCGUUUCCUGGCUGGUUGUGGUGAUCUUUGUUUCUAACGGUUCGAUGGGAACGUUGUCGUCCGGAUGUACGAAGAAGGCGAUGGAAUGACGACCGCGGCCGCAAUGUUCCGGCAUAACAACGCGAUGUCUAAGCGCUGGAAGUUGCUGAUUAGUCCAAUGUGCCAGUAGUUCGCCAGUAUUCACCAAAAUAGCGCCUGGAAGAUGGCCUACUCUGACCCAUCGUUCCCCAUGUGGAGUUUGUAUUUCAAGGCCGCCUUCGCAAUCCUUGAAAAGUUUUAUUGUAAAAAAUUAAUUAUUAGGCGUAAAUCAAUGAUGUUAAUUCGCAGCAAGUUGUAUAUAUAUAUAUACAUACAUAUAUGUAUAUGCUGUAUAUAAUAUAAUGUUACUUUUAUAUUGACUCGAUAUUUGAUAUUUCUUAAUCGCAGUCUUUAUAAUAUACAUAUACUGCAUAUGAGUCACGUAUGCAAAAAACUGUUUAAAUAUUUAAAAAUUAUGCGUUAUCUUUUAACACGCACGUGCCUGAUACGUCUUUUCCUCUCCAGAAUAUUUUCAUAUUUUAACGGCGUAGAGCCGCUUAUCACAAAGUGAACUACGAACGAACGAACGUGCCGAGAUAUGUAUCUCUGUCAGUUUU